AUGGAAGAAACCACCAAUAGUACUUCAACAGCAAAAAGGUGUGCUGUGGUUACAGGGGGCAAUAAAGGAAUUGGGCUUGAGAUAUGUCGACAGCUAGCAUCUAAUGGAAUUGCAGUAAUAUUAACAGCCAGAGAUGAGAAGAAGGGUAUUGAAGCUAUUGACAAUCUUAAACUUUCUGGGCUCUCAGAUGUGUUGUUUUAUCAACUUGAUGUAAAAGAUCCUGCCAGUAUUGCUUCAUUAGCAAAAUAUGUACAAACUCAUUUAAAAAAACUUGAUAUCCUGGUAAAUAAUGCAGGAAUUAGUGGAAUUAAUACGGAUCGUGAAGCAUUUAGAGCCUUCAGACAAGGAGGAGGGAUUGUGAGCGAUGAGAAUGCUCACUUGUUGGAGAAAAUCAUGAAGCAAACUUAUGAGAUGGCAGAAGAGACUCUCAAGACAAAUUAUUAUGGAACCAAAGGAGUAACUGAAGCAUUUCUUCCUCUUCUGCAACUCUCCAAUUCAGCAAGAAUAGUGAAUGUUUCCUCUUCUUAUGGAGAACUAAGAUAUAUCAACAAUGAGAAGGUCAAAGAAGAGCUGCAAAAUGUCGACGGCUUAAUGGAAGAGAAAAUAGACAAGGUUUUACAAUGGUUUCUAAUGGAUUUCAAGGAGAAUAAGUUGCAGGCUAAUGGGUGGCCCCCUGUAGCGUCUGCUUAUAAAGUUUCCAAAGCUGCCAUAAAUGCUUAUACAAGACUCAUAGCAAGGAAAUUCCCUGAUUUCUGUGUAAAUUGUGUUCAUCCAGGAUAUGUCAAAACAGAUAUUACAGGUAAAACAGGAAACUUGACUCCCGAGGAAGGUGCUAGAGCACCUGUAAUGCUGGCUUUGUUGCCUGAUAAUGGUCCUUCUGGCUCCUACUAUGAUCAGAUGCAUUCAUCCACAUUCUAAUAUAAAAACAGCCUGCAAGUAUCCGAGUUCUGGUAACUUUUGGUGAAUGAUAUUGUCUCUGCUAUGAGUUUAUGUACUUUAUUGCUACUUGAAGGUUUUGAA